AUGGCUUACCUUGAAAAGAAAACAGGAGAACAACAGCAGCCUGAAACCAAGGGAGAAAACACCAUGGGAAAGAUUUCUUUUAAGGAGGAGGUAGAAUCAGGUCACUUUGAAGCAGAUACAAAUAGUGAGGAUCUCCCGAACAUCAGUACCCCCAGCGUGAUCAGUGUGAGCCCCUUCAGCAGUUCAGCAGGCGGCCGGGACACUUCCAGACAUCCGCAGUAUUUCGACUCCAACACCCAAGACCCACAUGUGCCCAUUGGCUGGCCUGCUGAGGCAUCAAAUUCACUCCCCAUCUACAAACAACACACCAUAAAGACGUCUUAUAAUUCACACAGGACGUCCAUUAUUAAAGUGCGGCCCUUCAUCCAUGGAGAAAACCUAUCAGACUCUCGGCCUGUGUGCUGGCCAGUCGUACCACGCAAGCAGCUGAUACUACUGAUGAUCAUUUGUUUGUUAAUCGGAGUGACUCUGGUUCUAGGAAUCGGUCUGGGAGUGGGUUUGAAUUGCUCUGGAAAAUUCCGCUGUGUUUCUACGGCAUGUAUCAGUCGAUCUGCUGUCUGUGACGGAGUUAAAGACUGUAGAGAGGGAGAAGAUGAACUCAACUGUGUGCGAGUGAGUGGGAGACACUCCGUCCUGCAGAUUCACAGUAGGGGCAUAUGGAGCUCCGUGUGCUGGGAGAACUGGAGCGCCAAUCUGGGAUUCUCUGCCUGCAAACAGCUCGGCUACAACAGUUAUGUGAACUCCACUUCGAUCCCUCUCUCUUCUGUCGAGUCAGCCUUCAAGAAAAACAUAGUGAUGAUCAGUUCCCGCUUUCCGAUUCAUUAUCAAACCUUCAAAAUUCACAACAGCUCUUUCCUCAGGAAGGUUCAGUGCGUUUCCGGGUUGGUCACAGUACUCAAGUGUAUAGAGUGUGGUGCAAGACCCAAUUUCAGGACCCGGAUUGUAGGGGGAAACAUAUCUCUCUCUGGUCAGUACCCAUGGCAGGUUAGCUUGCAGUACCAGAACCAGUAUCUCUGUGGAGGAUCGCUAAUAACCAACCAGUGGAUAGUCACUGCUGCACACUGUGUGUAUGGCUUUGCUAAUCCCUCUUUAUGGACGGUUCGGGUGGGCCUCACAGACCAGCCUGUAAGUGGAGCAGCAGACCUCUCUGUGAAGAAGAUCUUCUUCCAUAGCACAUAUCAUCCUGAAGGCCUUAGCUAUGAUAUCGCACUCAUUAAACUGAUGCAGCCACUCACAUUCAGUGGUCAAGUACAACCCAUCUGUCUGCCUAACUAUGAUGAAGGGUUCAGUUCAGGAUCCAUGUGCUGGAUAUCAGGAUGGGGAGCCACAAACACAAGCGGAGCGGUGAGUGUGUCUCUACACUCUGCACUGGUUCCUCUCCUCUCUAUUCGAGAGUGUAGAAUCCCGGGACUUUCACCAUGGAAUAUCUGUGCUGGCUAUCUGACAGGUGGAACCGGCACAUGCCAGGGGGACAGCGGUGGUCCAUUGGCCUGUCAAGCCUCGGUGUGGAAGCUGGUUGGAGCGGCGAGCUGGGUUCAGAGCUGCGGAAAAAUGAACAACCCAGGAGUUUACACCAGUGUAACUUACGCUCUUCCAUGGAUACACCAGACCAUGGAGGAAGAAGAGGAACGGACUGUUUGAGCAUCAUAUCUGCACGGACCACUGAAUACGACUCUACUUGAAAGCGUGCUAGUAAUCUGAGGACUAUUUUACACAAUUGGUACACAAACUAUACUGAGGAACAAUCACACUUUUAUAUGGUUUAUGAGCAUAAUACAGUAGCUGUGUUGCUCUGUGCUGUGGGUUAGCAUUAGCACAAGUUUAAGCUACUGAAACUGUCUGAGAGGAUAAUGUGUUAUAUUUAUAUAUUUAUUUAUGCAUCCACAGAUUUGUUCCUUUUUAUAUUUAAACUAUUAAAAUGACAGAACAAAAGGCAGGACCUUAAACACGUAUCAGAAAAGAGACUGUCAUAAAUGUCAUUAUUAGCUACAUCAGAGGAUACUAGCUAAUUAACAGAUUGAAAGAGACAGUAGUCAUAAAUCAACAUUAGGCUAAAUUCACAGCACACAUGCCAGAAUUGAAACACUUUGUCUCAGUUAUACGUGUUUCAGUCCACUCCAGCUACGUUACAGAAAAGUAAAUAUGAUCAUAUUGUGCUACUGUGAGCUAAGAAGCCCUUCAUAAUUUAGGCAGAAUUGGGCUAGUUAUUAUUUUAUAACAGUUAAUUAGCUUUCCAGGCAACU